GGAGUAUUCACCUUGGCCAUGAUGAAAUUGCAACUAUCCUCAAAAGGUCCGUAAAUCAUCGUGAGAAGAUUCAGAUGUUGAAAACAAUGAAUUGCAACAAUUUAGAAGAGACUGAAACACCGAUGCAGGCUUUUGCCGCAAAGAAUCAAUUCAAAAUUGGCGAUGGUGGUUUUUCUUGUGUCUAUGUUGGUCUCAUGAAGGAUGGAAGUGAAGUUGCUGUUAAGAGAAUUUUGGUACAAAGUGAGGAUGAAACAGUUGAAAACGAAAAGGAAAUCAUGAGUCUCAUUGAAACAAACUCUCCAUUUAUAGUGAAAUAUCGACAUUUUCACCGUGACGAUACCUUCAUGUAUCUUAUUGUUGAUCUUUGCGAAGAAACGUUGAGGGAACUUGUUCAAGCAUCCAGUAUAAAACAUCUACAAGAGCACGGUCCACAAAUGAUUUGGGAAAUUCUAUCAGGACUUGAAUUUCUUCAUUGGAAAGGAAUAUUGCACAGAGAUCUAAAACCAUCAAACGUCCUGGUUGAUAUCGAAGGUCGCAUGAAAUUAGCAGACUUUGGAAUAAGCCGCGUUUUAAAAGACGAUGAAACGACUGUUGAAACAUUUGCUAAAGGUACUCCAGGAUGGAUGCCACCGGAAGUAAUUGAGGCAAUAGUUAAAAAAGAAAAGGGUCAUUUCAAAAGAAAAUCAGAUGUCCAUGUCGCGGGUAUGAUUGCUUUUUACGUGUUGACCAAAGGUGAACAUCCUUUUGGAUCUGAAUUAGAACGAAUGAAAAAUAUUUUAGAGGAUAAUCCUGUCAAUUUGGAGAAACUUGGUAAUCGCAGAGCUCGUAGGUUUGUGUCGUGGCUCAUUAGUCACAAGAUUGAUGAUAGACCUUAUGCUGACGAAGCAUUGAGGGAUUCCUCAUUAAGCUACAACACAAGGAACGCAGUGUUUGUUUGAAAUGAUCUUCUUAGCCCAAGUUGGUCCUUCAAGGGAAAAUUUGGAAUCACAAAAGUGCGACAGAACUAGUAGUAUAACUGGUAGUAUCAGGUGACAUUAUAGAGCAACACUAAACGCUGUGCAGAUUUGUAUUUCGUAGACGGUCGAUAGCAACUUUGAUGGUUGCUAGCAUCAUUUACAGCUUCGGAAGUCGCCGUGUAUCUCGCGACACUUUCCGAAUCCUUUCGUCAAAAAUCAAUAACACGUUCAACAUUAUUGUUUAAGUUAUUUUAAUA